GUCAAAUGUCAAAAAUAAUUUAACCUUAAAUUUAUAUUUAAAAAAAUAAAUUCGAGUACAUACGGAUUUAAUUGAAAAACUUAUAGAAUCAUAAAAUAUGAAUACAUUAACAAAAGGGAUAAGUAGCUUAACAUACACUAAACUAAACACCAUCACUCGUUCACUGAGUUGUACAUCAGCGCUGUAUAUCAAGCAGUGGCGAGUCAACCGAGGUUUGUCGGUCAAUCGGACGGCUGAAGGUAUUCUCACUGAUGGACAGGAUUAUACCUUUUUAGAUGGAAGACCGACACCAUUACUGCAAAAACAGAAGAAACGCAUGCUCAAACAUCAGGAAUAUGCAAGUCAAAUUGUCUCGAUGUGCUCAGAAGUUGAUUUUGCGAAACAGAGACAUCAGAAUGCAAUAAGAGCGAAGGAAGAAGAGCGACAAGCAAUUAUUAGUAACAGGCUUAAGCCAAAAGGAAAGGCUCUAUGGAAGAAAUAAUUUUAAAUAAUAAUAAUUUAAUUUCUUAAUUUUAUAAUAGGUUGUCUUAGUAAUUAAAUAACAUAGUUUGUACAUUA